UUUGCACUUCUCGGGACCUGGGUCCAGCCAUACGAGGGGUCAGAGGCACUGAGGGAUUUGUAAACUUGUGAUCGAGAGCACCAGAAUUGAGCCCAGUGUCUCCUCUUCUCUGUUUGGUAUUUAUAGGUCUGUCUCUCCUCCCAGGAUCACACCAAAAAACCCGUCAUGCCUCUGAAAGCACCUGCCCCCCAAAACAAGCGGAAAAAGCUCUCCAAGAUCAUAACUGACCUAUCACAUAUCACUCAGGAUGAGUACGAGUCGGAGCCAGAGGCAUCUGAGUUUGACCUGGGAACAAAGAUCAGAACUCCAAAAGACAUCAUGCUGGAGGAGCUUUCCCUAAUGAAGAACCGCGGCUCCAAGAUGUUCAAGAUGAGGCAGCAGAGAGUGGAGAAGUUCAUCUAUGAGAACAACCCCGACGUCUUCAGCAGUGAGUCGAUGGACUACCUCCAGAAGUUUGUUCCCUCUCUGGGAGGUCAAAUGGGAGGUCAGAUGAUAAACGUUGGUGGGCAUUAUGUAAGCAAGCAGGCCGGACAGCUGAAUUUUGUAGGGUUAAACACUGGAGGAGGAGCCCCUGUGCCUCCUCCAAAGCCUGGAAGCAAAGGUGCAGGAGCCAGAGGAGCAGGAGGUGCAGGAGGUGCAGGGGGUGCAGGAGGACUGGCUGGUGGAGAACAUGGGACAGGUGGAAAAGGAGAAGGAUCCAGUGAGUGGUCUCCACUAAAAGGAGGUGGGGGUGCAUCUAAGAAGCAGCUUGUUGUGAAGACGUAUGUGUCACCAUGGGAAAAGGCCAUGAAGGGUGAUGAGGGUCUGUUAGCAACCCUGAAAACAGCAAUGCCUGGUCCCAUUGAGCGAAAGGAACUGCCCAAGUACAGAUGCUUCAACAGGUCUGCCAUGCCCUUUGGCGGCUUUGAGAAGGCCAACCAGUUCCUGAAAUUCCAGCUGCCAGACACUGAGGCGACCAAACAGGAGCCUGAACCUGCAGUGGUAUACCAACAUGACAUCGGCUGCCGGCCUUCCUUCAACCGCACUCCUAUUGGCUGGGUGGGCAGCAGCGAGCCAAGCAGCAUUCAUAUGGAGAACGAUGCCGUGCCCUUCGAUGGAGAGACCGACGAGCUGUGAAAAAACAAUAUUCAUACUGUGAUUACACUCUCUGUGCACAUACACACAGGCAAGCAUGAAUGCAUGCAUACAUUUUAGCAUGCACACACACACACACACACUCUCUAGAUGAGCUUACAAUUAAAUGUUAUACUGAUGAAUUUGAAUCUCUCAGUGUGGAUAACGGAAAAGCGUACAUGAAAUGUGGUCAUGUUCUUAUGCUCUGUAUUUCGUUGUAAGGCAAAGAAAUAGGCUUAGCUGUUACGGGGAGAUGAAAUAUCAAAUGUUUAUUUGUUAAGUUCAUAAGUGGAGUCUAGACACUCCUUUAAUUUGUCAGAAAAGUUAAUGUUCAGGGUGAGAAGUUGCAGAUGUUGUCAGUGAGGAAAGAAUGGAUCAUGUAUGAGGGAUAGAUUUAUGCUGUGUUACUGUUUGCAUGCUGUCUUAAUGUUAACUUGUUACCAUGUUUGUUAUUUCCCAGUGCCUUUUUUGUUGUUAAGAUUCUUUUGUUGAGCUAUGAAAAUGCUACAAACCUAAUUCAGGAUGCAUGUAUAGAGUCAGUUGCUGAUGCAUUAACCGACAGUUUCCUCAAUAAACCAUGUAAAACUGUAACAAUCCUCCAGCAGAGUGAUUAAAAUGUCAGGGGAAAAUCA